UUCUUUUUCUUCUCUCUCGCGACUCUCGGUGAGGUAACCGACGACUUGGUUGGAUGAAAUCGGAGACCACCAAAUCGGAUCCUUUCCUUCACCAAUUCGGAGAUGGUCAAACACCAAUCUCUUUCCCAUGAUCUCGUUCACUGCUAAGGAGAUCGAUGUGAUUGAAUGGAAAGGAGAUGUACUCGUAGUUGGUGUGACUGAUAAAGAUUUGACUAAAGACGAGAGCUCAAAGUUUAAAAAUCCGAUCUUGAAUAAGCUCGAUGAUCAUUUGAGUGGACUCUUAGCUCAGGUCUCGUCCGAGGAGGAUUUCAACGGUAAACCUGGUCAGUCAACUGUUCUUAGGCUUCCGGGUCUUGGAGCAAAGCGAAUCACUUUGAUCGGUCUUGGUCACUCUGUUCCAUCAGCUUUUCAUAGCCUUGGUGAUGCUGUAGUUACAGUUUCUAAAGCUUCUCAAUCUAGUAUUGUUGCUGUUGUGCUUGCUUCAAGUGUUACUGAUGAGUCUAAGCUUAGUUCUGCAUCAGGCAUAGUGCUUGGUUUGUUUGAAGAUAGUAGGUAUAAGUCUGAAUCAAAGAAACCAUCUUUGAAGUUUGUUGAUAUCAUUGGAUUUGGAACUGGUCCUGAGCUAGAGAAGAAGCUGAAGUAUGCGGAGGAUGUUUCUUACCGUGUGAUUUUCGGGAGAGAACUCACUAACUCUCCUGCCAAUGUGCUUACUCCUGGUAUGGAUGGUUUCAAACACUGUCAUGUUUUAUGGUUUGCUGAGUUGUCCUAUUCUGAUUUUGGUUUUGUAUUUUGGCACAUAUCAAGAUUACAACUGAACUUUUUCCCCAUUUGUAUUUUCUACUUCUAUUUUAAUAUGCUUUUGUGGUUUGUAUGUUUAAAAGUUUAUGAAAUGCAAUAAUAAAAUCUUCAUUGUUUAAACA